CCCAUUCCAUAGCUUGUGUGGUAUCAGGAAUCUUCUGGUUCACACGGCUUGGUGUUCGUUCCGCGGAGUCGGCGGCGUCACUCGUUAUAUGAUAUGUUAUCCAUACAACGAUGUUGCCCCAGUGUUGUUCAUUAAUUUUGUAAUAUGUAGCGUGACCGUAACACGAUAGUUUGAACAAUUGAUAUUUAACUUGAACAAUGAGACUACUAACUUACUGUACCACCUAUUUAAAGCAUGUACUUCAUUACACAUAAACUUACUACUUCAUUACACAUAUACUUACUACAAACUUUAAUUCUUUUUUUUUUUAAUAAAAAUUUUUUCAUUUAAACUUUAUACUGCUAAUUAGAACAGAUGGCUGCACUAUGAUUAGUGGUGUUGUCUAUAUUUUAUAUAUAAACCCCUACUUAACGUUUGCUCUAUUUAAUACAUAUCACAACAUAAUUAAAUAUAUUUAAUUCUAUUUUGUGAAAAAUCCUGUAUAACUGCUAAAAAUCGAUAAAAAAGGUAUACAUAAAAAAGGGAAAAUAACAAAGCCAAUUAAUACCCAUGUAUUUGAAUACCAUACCAUACCCAUGUAUUUUAAUACCGUAUAUAUAAAUCACUUCGAUAUGUAACUCUCGAAACUCAGAAGUUACUUUCAAUAUCUUAUUGAUAAUAACAGUCAAGGAUUUAUAUAGUUGUAAUGUACAAAAUAGUUUAAAUAAUAAUAAUAAUUUGUCUAUUAUUUCAAAAUAUUAUUUUUAAGAUUUAGUGAAGGUCACACUAAUAUAACUACUGCAUUAUCAUAGUUAAUUCUUAUUUAUCAAAAUAAAUGGAGCAAUUUAAGUCAGCUCUUAAAUCAUUAUCGUUUGUUUUACAGCAGUAUUAUAACGUUCACAAACGGUAAGCAGACGACAUUUAUAAUAUGAAAAUUGAAAUAUUAACUGUGUUAUUUACUCUAGCAUGUGUACACCAAGUAAAAUCGGCACGAAUAUUAGGAGUGUUUCCAAUACCAUCACUUAGCCAUCAAGUCGUUUUCCGUAAGAUUACGCAGGAACUCCAUAAACGAGGACAUGAACUGACAGUGUUAACACCAGACCCAGCUUACCCCAAAGGAAAGGCACCCGCAAAUUAUACCGAAAUAGAUUUUCACGAUGUAUCAUACAAAUUAUUUAGAUCUAAUAUUCACUCAAAUUAUAAAAUUGAAGGUUUAACAUUCACCUACGACAUGCUUCGUAAUAUGAAUCCCCUCUUUAUGAAGGUCAUUGAGUAUCAUUUUCAAUCCAAAGAAGUCCAGGAAAUCGUAGCUAAUAAUAAAUAUGAUCUGAUAUUGUUAGAAUCUAUUGUUCUCUCGGGAUUGAUAUACUCACACAUAUUCAAGGCUCCAGUGAUAUUAGUGAGUUCAUUCGGAGGUUAUAUAAAUGAACAUAAAAUAAUGGGGACACCGACUGCACCUAUUUUGUAUCCAUUGCCUCUGCGAAAUAAGAUUUACAAUCUUAAUUUUUUUGAAAAGAUCAGAGAAAUAUACAGACAUUAUUCAAACGAAUAUGCGGAAUAUUUGAAUGACCUUGACAAUGAUAAAUUAUUGAAAGAGAGAUUUGGUUCCCAAACUCCAACUAUAAAUGAAUUGAGUGAUAAUAUUCAUAUGCUCUUUUUAAAUGUUCACACCAUUUGGGCCGAUCAUAAGCCCAGCACUCCGAAUAUUGUCUAUAUGGGUGGUAUACACCAAGUACCACAGAAAGAUUUACCGAAGGACCUUGAGACAUUCCUCAAUUCUUCUAAACACGGAGUCAUAUAUGUAAGCUUUGGGACAAAUGCUUUGUCAUAUAUGAUUCCGUCAGAUAAAAUAGAAAAUGUGGUAAAAGUUCUAUCAAAACUUCCCUACGAUGUGUUAUGGAAAUGGGAUGGAGAGGAAUUGCCGGGAAAGACAGACAAUAUUAGGUUAUCCAAAUGGUUUCCACAAUCUGAUCUAUUGAGACAUCCUAAUAUUAAACUUUUUAUAACACAAGCUGGACUGCAAUCUACUGAUGAAGCUAUAACUGGUGGGGUACCGUUAGUUGCCAUACCAAUGUUUGGCGAUCAAUGGUACAAUGCUGAAAAAUUUGAAAAAUUCGGUAUUGGUAUUCAACUAGACAUUACAAGCUUUACAGAGGAAGAACUGCAUAAUGCUGUAAUUAACGUCAUAAAUAAUGAAAGCUACCGGAACAGCGUUUUUAAACUUCGUGAAAUAAUUCUUGAUCAACCAAUGAGUUCUAUAGAACGUGCAAUGUGGUGGACAGAAUAUGUAUUAAGACACAGAGAAAAGAAUCAUUUUCGUACUCUAGCUAGUAACUUAUCAUACAUGGAUUACUUCGAUGUAAAGUUUUGGAUGACUAUUUUUGCAAUAAUUGGUAUCUUUUUAACGUUAUUUGUGGUAACGAUUGCUUAUGUUAUUAAGUUACUGAAUAAAAUGUGGAUUUAUAAUAAGGUUAAAACACACUAAUCACUCAUACGAUAUUGUUUUCAGUUAUUUAUAUCUUAAAAUAUGAAGAACGUAACGAGUUAAAUUAAAUGUAAUAGGAUUUUUUUUUAAUUUUAAGUUCUGUUAAACCUUUUCCUGUUAAAUUUUCUUUGAAUAUAAAGGUUAUCAGUUAUUUGGUUUAUAACAGCCUUAAUUUCCCAGAUCAAUACAUAAUGCUAAUUAGUGAGAAGUGAAAGGUGACUCUUUGUGUGCAGUUAAUUGGUUCAAUAUAAAUUAAUAGUAAUAAUAGUGCUUAAUAACACUCAUGUUGUAUUUAAUUCUAAUAAUUUAAGAUGUUUUUCUAAUUUUAUUAAUGAAACUGAUUGUAUCUUAUGAAGUUAUGACAUAUUUGUAUUAAGAACUCAAACACGCUUUGAUAAUAAGGGUAAUUUCACAAUUUAUGAUGCAGACAAUUUGUAUCUUAUAUUAUUACAAUAUAGUUCGAACAUUCGAUGUUUUUAAUCACUUUGUGUUGCCAUACAUUCAACAUCUACAAUUGUGACAAAUGUUAUCUAUUUUAUAAACGACUUCAAAAAGGAGGAGGCUUCUGAAUUCGACCGUAUAUAUUCUUUAAUAAGUUUGUUCGCGGAUAAAUUUGUCAUUUACGAACCAAUUUUGAUGAUUUUUUUUAUUGGAAAGUAGAUAUUUCAAAGGUGGUCCCAUGAUAAGAAAGCCGGGGUCUGAUAAUGGCAGAUCAGAGAAAUAGAGGGAAACUUUUAAAAAUUGUAGGGGCAACUGGUAUGUUUGUAAGUUUUUUCAUUAAGUGUUCUCAUUAAGCACUACCAUUUGAUGAAGGUCUCGGGUAGAUCUGAGAAUGAGUGACAGUCGAGGGAACUCUUCAACGAUUAAUAGCAGAUGCUUUGUAUUUCAGCUUCAUUAAUUUGUAUUCAAAAGAACUUUAUAGAUAGAUAGACGGUGACUGUCAUUAGGGGUCUGAUGAUGAAGACGAAGGAUAGUGGAGAGAACUCCUUAAUUAUUUACAGUAGUUACCUUUUGUUUAGACUUAAUUCAUUUAUAUCGAUGAGAACUUUGCACUUAAGUGGAUUAUAAUAAAGAUCUGCAGUAUACCUGAUGAUGGAGACCAUUUCUCGGUCUACUAAAAAGCGGCUUCAAGCAGUGAACUAAAAAGCAAAAAAUAAAUUUACUUCGUACAAAGCAAUAAA